AUGUCUCCAAAGAAGAAGACACAUCAAAAACAUGGCGGAAACAGGGAAGGUGUCUCGAGUGUGGCAGGAGCCAAAAUGACACGAAUUGUGGCAUCGACUGCAGCACUACAUGCCGGCAAAAACGUGCCAUCCGUGCAGUAUGGUGUUAGGCCAUCUGCUCACAUGGCAGCAGCGAGUCAUGCUGCCGCUGUGGAUGGGCAGAAUAAGGGAAACCCAAAGAAACGAUUACGUACAGAGAAAAAUAAUGACGAUGUGAACGAGGAUGUGACACCAGAGCAGUUGGGAAAGCAGGCGUAUCAAGUAGCGCCGCCUCUGCCGUCUGAAUUUUUAUUGUCACCAUCGAAGGCAUCUGCAGCCACCGUGCAAGCAAUCACAACAACAACAACUUCAGAGGCAGCUGUGGAACGAUGUGAAGGGGGUUGGGGGGGUCUGUCGUUGAGUGGGGCGUCAACCCCAUCGUUGGCUAAAACGUCAGUGCAUGCGGAAGCAAAAAGUCCGGAGUGCUUGACGUGUAGAAACUCAAAUACCACCCCACUCCCGUCUUCCACACAGACAAAAAACGGUACACGGCACUCAUUAGGGCGCUCUGAAUGCAUCCCGUACAUUUCUGACGGUGAGAAGAAUAAAGACAGUAGUGAUCGGGACAGCAUUGCUCUUAGUCCUGAAGAAAGGCCCUCGACCACGUUGAUUAGAAAGGCUGCAGCUACACGACCCGCUGUCUCCCCAGCAACGUUGUGGAUCUGUAUAGAUGAAGAUGACGAUGAAGAUGAAGAAAUCAAAGUCAUAUCAUGUCCACCGCUAUCUGCACCACCCGCUGUACGUCCCGAGAUGUGUACAUCGCCCCCACACCCUGUCGGUGAUGCAACACGUGCAAGGGGCACCACCGCCCCACAGCAAACACCACAGCCACCUCGACGAGAGCCCAUCGCUGGGGUGUUGCCACCGACGUUUCGUCCACGCAAGGGACCACUUCAGGCAAACAAACCGCCACCACGUUCGUGUAGUCCACUCCCGAACGGUUGCUUUAUUUACGAUGAUGACAUUACAGAGGAUGACGAGGAGGGAAACGAUGGCGAGGCGGAUGGCCACAAGGCUGCAGGGAAUUUGGUCUCUCAGCAGCCCUACCAAAAGUUCAAUAAUUUGGUCAAACAUCUUGACAUGAGCACGACCAUGCACAUGAGUUUUUCCACGCUUCCGUACAAUACGAGUCGUUCUUACAUUAUAGAUGAUGAUAAUGAUGAUGAGAUCGGUAAUUUUAGUCAAAAGGAGGAUCAGAACAACAAGACGAACACCAGUUUAGGUGAGUUGGGAAAAAAUGCCAUGCAACUGGCGGAUCGAGCAACAGGUGUUAAACCGCUCCGACCCCUGGGUUUACCCUCCUCUCCACCUACAAAUGAGCCAACCUUGUCUGCUUCCUUUAACAGUAAUGAGGGCAGCCCAGCACGUAGCGUACGAGAUUUUCUCUUUUCAUCACGUCCACAAGUUUCAACGGAUUGGUGUAAUUCUUCCUUCAGUUCCUUUACGUUUGCCACGGCGGCCACUGCCAGAGCUUCCCCCACCUCUAUCACCAUGCUGGGUAAAGAGGAAUUAGACUUGGAGCCAAAGCGCGCUGUGGAAAAGGUUCGACCGCUGUUUGAAAAGCGAUUUACUCGUAAGUGUUUUCUUGAUACGGUGGAAAGCGUUGUGUCAAAGUUGCACUGUCUUGAGCCUGGAGAGUUCUGGCAAGCCUUCAUAACGGCCGAAUACGUUGGAGAGGGCAGCUUUGGCAUUGUUUGGCGUUGUCAGACCGUUGACGGCGAUCUUGUUGCGGUAAAGUCCUGCCCCAUCAGUUUUCAUUCACGUGGAAGCAUCGAUGAUGGCUUCUCCGUGUUGCGGGAAAUUGCCAUUAUGCGGUUUCUUAAUGAACACGAGGUGCCGUAUAUUCUCCCACUCUACAGUGCGUUCUUUGUGCCGGCGCGUGAGGCACUCCCGCCAGAUGUUGUGGAAGCCGUUGAGUGGAGGGCACGUCUUGCGGAGGCCGAAGAAGAACGGGAACGAAAAAAACGAAAAAAACAACGAAAGCGUUCAACGAGAAAAGGGCAAAGGAAGCAAAAGCCGUUUAUGCAGUCACAGCUGAGUGAGGAAGAGGAGGGAAAUGAAAAAGAGACGGAGGAUCAAUUGGCGGAACGCAUGCGGUACGAGAAGGUGCGCAUUCCAUGUUUCUUAUCGAUAUCCGUGGAGGAUGCCUUGAAUUGUGACGCAACCAUUUUUCUCGUCACGGAGCUGUGCGAUGGCGAUGUGGGGAACAUUGAGCGGCACGACAGUAUCACGAAAGGGGUUGCCUUUUGUGUGAGCUCUGCCCUUUCUGCGAUGCAUCAACUUGGGCUUGUGCAUCUGGACCUCAAGCCAAGCAACAUUUUGUUUGCGUACGAGAACAGUCCGUCUCAGCUGCAGUAUCAUUCCCAGCGGCAACAGCAGGAACCACCCGCCACACCGGGGAAUGCUGCCAGCAUCCCGUCAUCACUUUCGACACCGCCCUCUUCGGGUGUCAUGCGUGUGGCGAACACCCCAACGGCGGGUUCCGUCAAGUUUUAUUUGAGUGACUUCGGUAACUGCCGCAUCGUUGGACCGGGUGCGAUGGAUGAAGUGACGGGGGUCUUUGGGACACUUGAGUACAUGGAUAGCAGAGCCCUGCAAGAUAAAACGUGUAGUCGUGCAACGGACUGUUACAGCCUUGGCGCAACUCUCUACGAGCUGAUUUACUCGCGGCGGCUCUACCCGCCCUGUAAAAACCCCAAGUGUGUCUCAGAGGAUGACCAUACACGACACUGUUACAUUGAAGCGGCGCAGCAACCAGUUAUAGCGGUUUCGCCGCCCAAUUCUUCCUCUUCUCCAUCAACAAUGAUUCUUCAGAAGGUGAUAAUGGGGUUACUUGCACUCGAUCCAAGGGAGCGAUGGACAGCGGAGCGUUGUCGUUCGUUUUUUCUGAUUAACAGCGUUGCGGGUGGCAUGAAUACAACGCCAACAUGA